AUGGUUGAUUUGAUAAGUAGUCUCCCAGACGAAAUCAUUUGUUAUAUUCUUUCUUUUUUUCCAUCCCAACAAGUUGCUGCAACCAGUGUUCUCUCCAAGCGCUGGAAUCUUCUGUGGCAUUAUGUUCCCUCUUUAGAUUUUGACACGGCUAUUGAACAUUUUUGGCGUCUCAAUCGCCAAAAGACUUUCUAUACGUUUUUUAGGUCGGUGUGCUUUUUCUUGGUUGGUCGUGGAGAUCAACCCUUCUAUAGAAUUCACCUCAAAUGUUACUCUUCCAAUGAUAUUACUGAAAGUAUUCCGACACGGAUUCGGACUGCACUGAGUGAAAGUUGUAGAGUUCAAAUCCUCAACCUCUUGUGUCGUCAAUGGAGGGGGAUUGUCAUUCCAUCUGUGGUGUUUAGCUUUAAAACUCUUGUAGCUCUCAUGUUGGAGUGCAUAACAGUGGAAGAUAUUUCCUUUGUUGAUUUGCCCUUGCUUAAGAUCUUGAAACUAAAUAUUAUUAUUUCCUCAAUAAAAAUUGAUCUUAACCCAAUAAAAAUUGAUCUUUCACAUCUUCUUUCUGGAGGUCCAAAUCUUGAAGACUUAAAACUCAGGUUGUUGCCUUGUGAAGCUAAAGGGAAGUUUAACCGAUUGCCCAAUUUAGUUAGAGCCAAGAUUAAUGUUUUACUUCCAUUGGAAAUAUUUAAGGAUGUCAAAGUUUUGAAAUUCGAUUUGUUUCGGUAUCCAAAUUUGAACCUGAAUUUUGACUUUCACAAUUUAGUUCAACUUCAUUUGGAUGUGGACAUGGAUUGGCUUCUGGGGAAUAGGCCGCGGUUGCUCAGAGAAUCGCGGCAUAUUCCACCUGCUACCUCUGACAUUCCCCAAAAGGCAGUUGGGGGAUUCUGA